GAGCUGCUUUCUGCACGUUGUUUCGGUGUGGAUUUUAAUUUCUUUUAAAGCACCGCGUUUAUUUAUUGAGGAUGUCCGGGGAGCUGCGGGAAGAACUGGAGAAACGUUUGGAGGCUUUAAACAUCCGAACGAGCUGCAUGGAUCAUCCACCGGUGUUCACAGUGGAGGAGAUGAUGCCUCACCUUCAGGAUGUGGACGGCGUGGUCACAAAGAACCUUUUCCUCAAAGACAAGAAGAAGAAGCGUUUGUGGUUGGUGUCCGCACGCCAUGACUGCCAGGUCAACCUCAAUGACCUCGCCAAGAAGCUGGGCGUUGGCAGUGGAAACCUGCGCUUUGCAGACGAGGCCCUCAUGUUGGAGAAGCUGAAGGUGGGUCAGGGCUGUGCCACGGCUCUGGCUGUGCUCUUUGACAAGGACCAGAGCGUCACGUUGGUCCUGGACCGGGACCUGCUGGAAGGAGGACACCACAUGGUCUACUUCCACCCCAUGACCAACGCCGCCACCAUGGGGCUGCGACCGGAUGACCUGCUGCGCUUCCUCAAGGACGCGGGCCACGAGCCUGUCCUGGAAAACUUUGAGUAGCGUAACGAGGCGGGCCGAGCACCGGUUCUGGCUCCGGAUGCAAGACAACAACAGUAUCAGGACGGGAAUUUAGAAACACAAGAAGAACGUUGCGUGGCCUUCAAUGAGACGUUCUAGGAAGUUGUGCAAAAAUGAGAAACAAAAGGGAGAGAACAUUUUGGACUUUUCAUGUCAUUCAAAAUCCAGCUUUUAACUCCUUAAACACGUCAUCAUUGUCACCGUGUUUUAUUUCACGCACGUUUUAGCUUACAUCUGUCAGGACUUCAUGGAUGAAUACAACAUACGGUGGUGUGAACAAGUGUUUCCCCUUCCUGAUUUCCUUUUUUUUUUGCAUGUUUGUCAUACUUAAAUGUUUCAGAACAUCAAACACAUGUAAAUAUUAGUCAGUGACAACACAACUGAACACAAAUGCACUUUUUCAAUGAAACGUUUCAUAUUUUUAAGGGAGAAAAGAAAUCCGAAGCUACAUGGCCCUGUGUGAAAAAGUGAUUGCCCACCCCUGAUGCCUCACCCCACAAAGAGAGUAAUUGAGAUCAAUCAGUGUGGAAAAGCUUAUAAGCCAUCUCUAAAGCUUUGGGACUCCAGCUAUCCACAGUGAGAGCCAAUAUCCAAACACGGCGAAAACAUGAAACAAUGGUGAACCUUCCCAGGAGUGGCCGGCCAACCAAAAUGACGCCAAGAGCGCAGCGACGUCUCGUCCGAGAGGUCACAAAAGACCCACAACAACAUCCAAAGAACUGCAGGCCUCACUUGCUUCAGUUAAGGUCAGUGUUCAUGACUCCACCAUAAAAAAGAUGCUGGGCAAAAACAACCUGCAUGGCAGAGUUCCAAGACCAAAACCACUGCUGAACAAAAAGAACAUCUCAAGUUUGCCAGAAAACAUCUUGAUGAUCCCCAAGACCUUUGGAAAAAUACUCUGAUGAGACAAAAGUUGAACUUUUUGGAAGGUGUACACCUAGCAUUUCAGAAAACAUCGUACCAACAGUAAAAUAUCGUGGUGGAAGUGUGAUGGUCUGGGGCUGUUUUGCUGAUUUCAUCCACAGUCCCUAUGUGAAACAUGAACACAUCUUUCGCUUUUCUGUGCAUUGUAACGAGAGAUAACGAGCCAGCUAACAUUGCAUGUCAUGAGAGGUACCUAUUUCAACUAUGAAGCCCUCUUUAAAAAAAAAAAAAAAAAGUUUUAUGGUUUUAUAUACAUGCUGUGAUCAUGCAUGAAAAAGUACUUUGAUGCUAACAUGUAAUAUUUAGAGUAUCUUGCGGUAUUUUGAUGAUUUAAAACAUUACAGAAACUUUUCUCCUAGGUGCAAUGAUUUGCUGUAGCCCAUAGGCGCUAACGUGACUUCCGUCAACAACAGGAGCACAGAGAAAGCGAAAAAGUAUUGAAGAAUUAGUCAGACAUAAUAAUUGAAAGAUAAAUCAGACAUAAUAAUUGAAAAAUAAGUCAGACAGGAUAGUUUCCACAGUCUACAGGCACCUGGACCCCGUUUUAUUUCCCCUGUACCCAUCUCCCGGCUGAAAAUGAAAGAGAGCUCCCGCCCGAUCGUCCCACAGUCAUUUUUAUACUUGUUUGCUCAGACCAUUGGCGCCAGUCCCUCCAAAGAUAACUUUCUCCUGAAAUCUUUGUCGAAGCUUGUGACGCCAGCAGAUGAUAGCCAGCUCCUUCGCUGUCCCGAUAACACUUAGUGUAGUUGUUGACAUCAACAAAACAUGCUUUGCUCCGGCCAAUGUUAAUGUUUUGACUUAAUUCUGGGCCUUAUCAGCCUGGUAACCUUGGUGUGUAGAAGCUGUGACCAAGGGUAUUUCUGUUUCACCUUUGACACACUUAAACAGAUGUUCAAUAUCUAUACUGUACUUAUUUUUAAGACACUCAACAAUAAUUCAAUCAAUAGACUAAAAUCUACUUGUAAUAAUUAUUUACCCACUCAGUAAAUUUUAUUUUUUUUUCCUACAGGGACAAUCACUUUUUCACACAGGGCCAUGCAGGUUUUAUUUAUUUUUAAUCUCCCUUAAUAAUAAAAAGUGCGAAAACUACAUUUUGUGUUCAGUUGUGUUGUCACUAAUAUUUUCAUUUGUUUGAUGAUCCGAAA